AUGUUUUUAACUGUUGAUCUCCGCGAUAGUGAAGGAUUUUCCCACAAGAUCAAGCAAAUACUGUUCCAUGAUCAGGCAACCAUUCUUGAUUUGCGCCAUAAAUUAAAAGAAAAAUUUUUCAUUAAUAAAUCAGAUCAAAUACUUUUUCACAACGGGCAACGGAUCGAUCUCCUUUUCGGAACAUUAGAAGAAAUUGGAGUCAAACAUGGUGAUACGAUUCUGUUGAAACACGAUAAGCUUGAUAUGUGGUUAGUAUGUUGUGAUUUUGCCGGUAAGCUGGCUAAGAAGAACGCCGAGCCUGUGAAAGCUAGACUUGCCAAACAUGCGUCUAAGAUCUUAGUUAUCCUUGAAGAUAGUAAUUUCUUCGUAACUUAUACCUCUUUCCAUGAUAAGCUUGAAGAAUUAUCAGGGAUGUUUGAUUGUUAUGUUAUUGGAAUUGAAGAAAGCAUCCAAAAAGCUGUGAGAGUCUACUUCAAGAAGUUUUUUGCUGAUGAAGCUCUUGCGAUAAAAUUUUCUCCAAAACCCAGCACUGGCGCACAGGGAGGUUUCAUCGCUCACGUUGCUGAUGACAUUUUCUUUGUCAAGAACCAUGCCUUUGUGGAUCGUCCUUCUGCUCAUUCACGCGUCGAUAAGCGAGAAAUUUUUAUCUAUCGUCUCUUGCAUUUCAUUCCAAGUGCCUAUCCAGGAAGCUUCACAUCCGCUAUAGCUUUGCAUAUAGCCACAAAAAAAGUUGAAGGAUUCCAAACACGCGCCCAAAGAUCCUCAUGCCCGUUCACAGCCGCACAUCAAAUGCAAUUGGACUUGAUCAAAAAUAUUUUUUACUUGAGUGACCUCAAUUCAGGGAAUUAUGGGAUAGAUGAAAAGCUUCAGUUGACCAUUAUCGAUUUUGUCGUACUGCCCCAGGAAUGUUGUAUUCACACUGCUUCAAUGUUUGGGCAGCAACUCGACCAUCCUUCACUAAACGUGAUUGUAAAAAACUGGGAUCUGCUCAAGAAUUUUACGGAGGCAACUGAGAGCAUUACAAACGAUUGUAAGCAGAUGAGUAACAUCAUUUGGAGAGAAGGCUAUGAUGAAUUUUUAAAAGUUGUAUUGGAAAAUAUCAAAUUGCUCAAUAAAAUGUUGUAA